CCGCGCAGCAUGGCCGGGCUGGGCGGCGGCCCCGCCGCCUUCGGCCGCUGCACGCACGCCGUGGUGCGGGCGCUGCCCGAGUCGCUGUGUCGGCAAGCGCUGCGCAGGUCGGCGGGGCCCGAGGUGGACUUCGCUCGCGCGGAGCGGGAGCACCAGCUGUACGUGGGUGUGCUGCGGGGCAAGCUGGGGCUGCAGGUGCUGGAGCUGCCGGCCGACGAGAGCCUCCCCGACUGCGUCUUCGUGGAGGAUGUGGCCGUGGUCUGCGAGGAGACGGCGCUCCUGACCCGCCCGGGCGCGCCCAGCCGCAGGAAGGAGGUUGAAGCCAUGAAGAGAGUACUAGAAAGUCUCAACCUGAAUAUAGUCGAGAUGGUGGAUGAAAAUGCAACCUUGGAUGGUGGAGAUGUCUUAUUUACAGGCAGAGAAUUUUUCGUGGGUCUUUCCAGGCGGACAAAUCAACGUGGUGCAGAAAUUCUGGCUGACACAUUUAAGGAUUAUGCUGUCUCCACAGUCCCUGUUCAUGAUUCUUUGCAUCUGAAGGGCUUUUGCAGCAUGGCUGGACCAAACUUGAUUGCUAUUGGAUCAAGUGAAGCUGCACAGAAAGCCCUGAAGACCAUGCAACAGAUGAGUGACCACCGCUAUGACAAGCUGACAGUGCCUGAUGAUGCCGCAGCCAACUGCAUGUACUUAAACAUUCCCAGCAAGGGCCACGUCCUGCUGCACCGAGCUCCCGAGGAGUACCCAGAGAGUGCAAAGGUAUUUGAAAAACUGAAGGACCACAUGCUGAUCCCAAUAGCCAACACAGAACUGGAGAAAGUAGAUGGGUCACUCACCUGUUGUGCUGUGCUUAUUAACAAAGCUUCAGAAUUAUGAGUUUACAGAGUCCCUCCCUUGUAACUGGCAAUAAUGUUACACACAAGGUAGACGAAUCUGUAUCCACACUUUUAUUGUUUUAAUUGACAAUCUACUGUACCACUGUGCUACUAACCCUUGUUUACAAAUUUAUUGCUUUGUGAAUUUUUCUUAUGUCUUUGCAGAUGGUAUUUAAGGUGGAUGUAGGGUUUGUUGGGGGCACAUAACUCUGGAAGUAUGUUAGUCCCAUGGGCUAGCAAAAGACAAUUAUAAUGGCUAACCCCUAGCUUUAGUGAUUUAACAUACCUGUGUGAAAAUUUUAUGAAACCCAGCUAAUUCUCAAUAUUUCAAGCACCUCUGUUAUCUUUACACUAUUCCCUUUUGUCUUCUUUUCUCUUACUUCUUUGCUCUGCAUAUUUUUUUUCCUUCCUCACUUCUCUGCUUUCAGUGGUGCAAGGUAUUGGGGGGACUGAAGAAAACUCAGUGGGCUCAUGAACUUGGUAUCUUGUGUGGUAGGGAAGCUUUCUGCAUAGUGGUUGGAACAGUGGGCACUGAACUGUGCUUGCUGUCUCGGCCAUAUCACAUUGCUGCUGCUGGGCAGAGUUGUGGCUGGAAUCAGUUUCAGACACCAGGUACCAACUCUGGAAAAAGCUUCCUCCGAUGGGAGCGCUGAAGGGCGAUGUCUGCCUGGGAAACUUGAAUGACAGGAAAAGAGAGCAGUGCAGUCACACAAGAUGCCUCCUGCAAGAUCAGGUCCCAGUUUCCUGCUAAUGUCAUGAUUUUCAAUGUGGUGAGAAUGAGAGGGGAGUUUUUAAAAAGGCUGGAUCCUAGGGAGUCUCCUGACCACAAAAAUGAAAGACUGAGAUGCUUUUGGAAAAGUUAAACUUACGAAAGAAAUAUAAAGGAUGGGGGUUUUAAGUCUCUUUGUUUACAUCUUAAAAUUUAUUUCUGUUUCUCCUUUCUGUUUUCUCCUCUCUUGGAGGCCACUUACUAGCAAAAUUCAAAAGAAAAGGGUGAUAGAAGGAGUUGAAGGACAGCUAUUCCUGGAUUAUGCCCAUGAAUAAGAGAAGCUAUUUUUCCUGAAAGAUUGGCAUUUGUACUUUAUCUGCCCUUGGGGCAGUUUUCCUUGGAACAAUAACCAUCUUAUUUUUCUUUUAAUUGCAUGAAUAUUUACUGUGGUAUUCAGUUAAAGCAAAUAUAAUUUUUGUAGCAGAUUCCACAACAUGUUUACCCACUGAGUCAUACUAUUUUUUUUCACUACCACAAAGUGAAACACACACCAUUGUAUUCACAUGCUUCUUGUUAAAUCAUUUGUAAACUAAGGAUGGGAGAAAUUCCCAAACAGAGGCAGUAGCGGGAACUCUCUGACAAAUAGUCUGAACAUGUUAUCAACUUCCUAGACAUCUCCUCCACCUUUCCUGAACCGCUUGUGGCAUGUUGCUAAGGUACAGUAGGAAGUGAGUAAGGGGCUCAGGCAACGUGGUCUGCAGGAAAGCAAACAGUGUUAACCAAGCACACACUCGGAUAUCCUUUGGAAACCUGCGUGCUUUUUUGUGCAGUCAUAAGGGAGGAAGCACAAGUACUCAUAUCCACAGGUACUCUUCACCAUAUCUCUCGCUGCAUCUCAGUGGCUAGUGAGGGGAGAACCUCCUGGCAGCUACCAGGAUACAUCUGAUACUUUGUGGGUGCACUGUAUGUUGUGAUGACACAAGGUAUCAUAAGGGAGAGAGUAAUGAUGAGCAGACAUAUCCUAUGGAAAAAGAGAGCAUGUCCCAAAGGAAGUCUUUAGCCAGCCAAACAGCAAGUGAUUUGUUUGGGUUUUUUUUAUGACUGUGCUGUCCCAAAGGGUUAUCCUAAUGUUUCCCCUUUGUCUCUUCCAUUCCCAUACACGAUCAUUUAAGCUUGACCCAGGUGGUCAGGCUCUAAGGAUAUAAAUGUUGCAAUGGGGAAAUCUUUUUCUGCUUUCCCUUGGUGCUUUUUAAAUAUCUGAUAAAGUAUCAUGCAUUUCAAAAUAACAUUAAAAAGAGAUUUUGUGCCACAAAGUGACCCAGCAGUAUUGAACUGUGACCUCCUGGAGGCACAUUGUACUCUGUUAAAAACCUGUGCAGCCAUGGGAGCUGUUAUACAAAGCCAAAACAGACCCCCUACCCCGACCUGUCCAUGUACCUCCUGGGGCCUGGCCCCUCUCCAUGUCCUUCAGUCCCUCUUCCCUUCUCUCACUAGGGAGCCGGAGCAUCCAGCUACACUGGGACAGUGUUAGGCUGUGGGAUUUCUAUUUUAUUUAUCUUUGAAUCUUUCUGUGGUAGGUUUUUUUUCCUUCUACCCUCUCUGACCUUUCACCUGUCUCUUCUUCCUUAGAUUCUCAUUUCUAGUUUGCUCAUCAAGGCAUGAUGAGCACUUUUCUCUUUUAACUUAGAGUGAUUUUGCCUUCUGUUGCCUCAGUUCUCCUUACUUGAGUCGUCUUCUGUACUUCUCCCUCUUCACCGUUCAUUCCAAAGUAUCCCAACCCAUGGUGGAUGAACCUAAACUCACUCCCUCCUUGAGUAAGUGCCAGGAGAGAGGAGAAACUAAGGGGUCUACUUUGGGUUUGAGCAACUUCUUUUGAGCGGGAAGGAUGACUGUCAACAGGAGCUGUAGAUCCAGAGAGUGACAAGGGUGACUCCUCUUCUUUAGGGUUACUCCAGAACAGAGAAACAUUUGUGGUGGACAUUGUUAAUACCUCGUGUCCUUGAAAGCAAUAGAAUGGGUGACAAAGCAUUCCCCUAGCUCUCCAGGAGAGGGAGAGGAGGAGUUGGGAUCUCAGAGCUGAGAAACAUCUGUGUAGAUUGAGAGGUUGUUUCUUCAUCUAUUGCAACUUAGAUUUCCUUGGUUUCAGGGUGGCAUUUUGGUAUACAGAAAGAGCAAGGAGUGGCUGAGGGACCUGAAUUCCUUCGAGUGUUAAUUUCAAGUUGUAUUCAAACUCUCUAACUUCAGGCACAAAAUUUAGGUGCUCUAAAACCACACCUGCUUUCUCUCUGUUGGUCUCAGUAGAUAUCACAGCCUCCUAACAUAGACACUCUAAAUUACAUCUUAGUCUCAUGCCAAAAGUUACCGAAGCUGGUUAGUGGGAUCGCCCUCACCUCACCGCUUUUAGUGUUGGGCUUUAUUCUUGCAUUAUAAAACAAAAACAUUACAAGCACUUCAGUUUGUGUAUUUGCAGUAUGGUACUAAGAACUAAAAUCAUGCCAAAUGCUUCUUGUUCUUGCUGUUUGCUUUUUUUGUUUGUUUUUUGUUGCCCAAACAAAGAAUUAAUUUGUGAGGACAUUUCUGCAGUGACAAAUGUGCAUCUUAUGGGUGUCCUGUAUAUUUUGUCACCAGAACAUUUCUCAGAUGCCUGAUAUAAAUCAUCAUUCUUGGUUAAUAUAAAUAAUAAAAUAAAAUCCCAAACCAAAAAAGGAGAUGAGACACUGAACACUCAUAGCUGCCCACAUAAUACAGUUGAUAACAACUGUCAGGAUAUAUGACAGAGCAGGCCAGUACAGAAGUUCUUGUGGUUAAUAGCUCAGCGAUGGGGCUUGAAUUACUCAUCAAAGGUUUUUUUCCUUUGAGCAACCAGUUUAGCUCAGUUCAAAUGAAAGAGCUACAAUGUGCAUUAUAGAUACUUCACGGAUGUUAUCUUUGCUAAGAGUUUAGGGAGAUCUGUGAUAUGUGGGCUUCUUUCUUCAACAGAAUGUGAAUACAGUGUUUCUCUCUGCAAUGAAAAUGUGAAUGCAUACUGUACCUUAUGAGAUAAACUUGAAUUCUUCCAUUUAUGUAUUUUUGUGUUUACCAUGCUAAUAUUCAGUUUUAAAUAGAAUGCCACUGUGUGAAGUUAUGCUCUGAUUUUUUUGAUGAUUUCCAUGUGAUAGAUAUAGAGCUCAUAGGCACCACUAUGUCCAGUUUUGAAAACAAAAAGUCAGUGGACAGAAUGCUGUUUGUUCACAGCAAAUUGGAGAUGAAAGAUGGGAAAAAAUGAGCUUUUGAUUUUAUUCAGCUUCUUUUACAUUAUAUCUGUGAAGUCAGAGCCAAAUUAAUAGAAAACAUCAACAUUCACAUGGAACCAUUUGAGGAAAAUAAUUUACUAUUUAAGAUUCUCUAUUUUUGUUUUUAUCAAUAAGGAAGCUGAAAAGAUAAGCCUGCUUAAAGAAUGGUAUUUGUUAAGUGAUUGUGAACAAAGUAUCAGUGGACCUCAUGUAUUUUCAGAGAAGUUUUAACUGGACGUGUGAUGUAAAUUGUAUAGAGUUGUAUGUGAAUCGUGUUAGUCACUGUUUUACAUGGUAUUGUUCUGCAGUGCACAAAUGUGACUACUGAGCACAGAAGCGUUACAUUCAUUAAACUUAAAAUCUUGUUGCAGUAUAUAGUUCCCCACUUUUUGUGCCAAAAACAUCAAUACAUUCCAUAAUCUGUCCUAAUAGAGGUUUGCACUUUGAUUUAAUUUUUUUUUGGUGACUCUUGCAGUUUCAAUACUAUAUAUCCCCAUCACGAAGGAAUAAAGUGUCAGUUGUACCGUGCCCUG